UGACGUCAUCCGGAUACGCCUCCAUUUUAAUCGCUUGGCAAUUUAAAAAAAUACCUUGCUGUUUGAGCGUCAGUCAAAAAAACAAAGGUGGCAGGAAGAUGGUGCGUUCCUUGCCCCUCCGUAGCGGCUUCUUUGCCGCGCCGUACAUUUCAGAGACAGAGGAGGCCGAGCUCUUGACAUGGGCUCGAACUUUGGUGACAUCCAUGACCUCGGCCGAUUCGGAAUGGACGCAUUCGCACGAGAAGCGAGGCGUAACGGUGAGCGAAGACCGCCAAAAGGGCGGGCUGUUCUAUAGCAUCCGCGGCGUCACGUCCGUGCAAUCGACGCUGGACGACGUAAUGGACAUGAUGAUUUCGACGUCGACGCACGAAUUCCGGUCCAUGAUGAAGAUGUUGCUGAAGGACUUGUCUCUGGACAGCGCCGUGAUCUACCAACGCGACCAAAACGAUUCCGAGAGCUUGAGCAUCAAGUGGUUUGCGCUCAAGAACAAGUCGCCUAUGGCGCCGUCGCAGGAUUUCUGCAUCUUGGAAUAUGCUGGGGUGUUAUCUGCCGACUACAUUGGAGGCGACCCGUCCAAGAUGGUCGGCGUGUGCUUGUACGAGAGCAUCGAGCAAGCCGAGUGCCCGUCGUUAUUCGACUCGCACCGACUCGAGCGCGGGUCCAUUUCCAAAUGCGGCUACCUAUUCCGCCCCACAGACGAGAUUGGUACGAUCGAAGCGCAGUUUAUUUGUUCGAUCCGCCAACCCCCGGGCGUCCGCACCACGCGGAGGUCGAAUCGCGCGUCCUUGCAAUGCUGGGCAGAAUCCCUCGCUAACAUCCAGGAAAGCGUCCACACCCGCCGCAUCAGCCGGCUGCUCACGACGCGGGAAAACCCGACGUGGGUGGCCGACCACGAGCGGUCGUGUUGCUACCUGUGCUUGAAGACGUUCACGGGCAUCCGCCGCAAGCACCACUGCCGCGCAUGUGGCGAAGUCAUUUGCAAAAAGUGCUCGCUCAACAACUCGGUCGACUUGCCGUCGAUUGGGCUCACGACCAUGCGCGUGUGCAAAUCGUGCUCGGACGGCAAAAUGUCGUUUAGCGGCCUCGUUCCAUCGUCCACGUCGUUCAUGACGUCGUCGUCUUCCUUUGACGGCACCGGGAUCGACGACAUUGUGCUCAAGAAAAACCACAGCGACGUACCCCCGCCCCCUUUGCCAUACUCGGAUCAGCAGGUCGCGCUGGCCGUCCCGUCGUCGUCCGUAGCCGCCACCGCCGCCAAUGCGCUGUCGUCGAGGGGAGUAGUCCCCGACUCGGUGGGGUUGUCCUGGCUCAGCCAAAUUGCCCAGCGGGACCCGUCCAAGCGCGAAAUUGUCGAGCGGCUCAUGGCGGGCUUUGGCGAAGCAGGGGGACCGUUCGACGGCUCGGCUACAGCCCCCCUGGACACGUCGAACGCGCCCCCCGAAGAUAUUUAUGACUUGCUGUGCGACUUGGCGUCCCAAGCGCUCGACUGCAAGUUUGCGGUGGUGCACAUCCUCGACGGCAACCGCCAAUGGUUCAAGUCCAAAGUUACCAUCCGCGAGUCAGACAUUGGACGUGACUUUAGCUUUUGCGAAUAUCCCGUUCGGAAGAAGCAAGCGGUAGUCGUUCUCGAUACGUGGCGAGACCCCCGGUUUGAAAUGAACCCCCUCGUGACCGGGCCCCUCCAGGUCCGAUUUCUGGCCGGCGCGCCGCUCUUUGAUCUGGACGGACUGUGCGUCGGCGCCGUGUGUGUGCUCGACUCCAAGCCCCGCACGCACCUUGCGCAAGCGCAGGUGGCGCUCAUGGAGAAGCUGGCGCAUCUUGCGAUGGUGUCGAUGCAAGAACGCCGUGAAGCGUUGGGCAAGAAACAGCUAGCGUCGAGCUUGGUGGUGCCGCGACAACAACCACAUGCCGCCCGACCAAACACUUACGAGGUCGUGGUGGACACGGCCUACACAUCCAACUACCCCCGGCGACCAUUGCCUGCUUCAUCACACGGCGACAUGGUGCCAUUGCACAGCUACACAGGAACCCCCAGCGGCGCCGGCUCGUCCAGCAGUAGCAGUCACGGCAGCUACGGCAGCAUGGUCGUGCCUGCCCCGCACCAUGCACUUCGAUCGCAAGCGCAGAUAGCUGCCCAAGAAGAACAGCGCAAAAUGCAGGAGCAAAUGAUGGAGCUGCUGCACCAGUCCUCCAUCACGCAGCAGACACUCAAGUCCUCGGUGAAGCACCAAACGUCUGGCCUUCAGAGCUCUGGCGAUUGAUAGACUCCAUCGAAACAUGCUAGUUAUCCCACACAAUAGAGAACGAACGUUACACAAA